CAUUACAAAUAUGUCUACAACUAAUUCCCCGGCCGUAUCUUCAGUGUCCAUGAUCGGUAGCGGUACCAUGGAGGGUACCCUCAGCAAAUGGACAAAUGUCAUGAAGGGAUGGCAAUAUCGUUUCUUUGUAUUGGAUGAAAAUGCCGGUCUCUUAUCAUAUUAUACGUCAAAAGAGAAAAUGAUGAAGGGUGUACGCCGUGGCUGUGUACGACUGAAAGAUGCCGUCAUCGGUAUUGACGAUCAGGAGGAUAACACCUUUACCAUUACUGUCGAUCAUAAGACAUUUCAUUUUCAGGCCCAACACAGUGAGGAACGUGAAAAAUGGGUGCGUCGCCUAGAGGAUACAAUACAACGUCAUGCGAAUCGUAAUCGCAUGUGGGACAAUCAAAGUGCAUUUUAUCUUGGUGGCUAUAACAAAGACUUGACAAAUAAACGUGCAAAUUAUUUGGAAAUAUUCGGACGACGUGUCUCCGAAGCUGAUGCCUAUCUACAGCUGAUGAUUGAACAAACAAAUACAAUUGAAAGACGUAUUAACGAAAUCUCCGAUCCCGAUGAAAAGGCCAAAUGUAAAGUGUUACAGGAUAAUGCUAGUGCCAUGCUGGAUCACAUCAAACAUUCUAUUGUUAGCCUACAAAUUGCCAAAAAUAUGGCCCAUCCUGUCAAUGGUAUCUAUAAUGGACCCACAGGUGUAUCACCGAAAACAAAUUUGGAUACUCCGCAGACAACAACACCCACAUCUAUGGGCAGCAUGAACAUCAUGAAGUCGACAAUGGGUGGCGAAGAUGAAGAGGAUUCGGUAACCGAUAACUUGACAACCGCCCCACUGGCCAUGGUUGUUGUACCCGAAACAUCCUAUUCAAGUAGUGAAGGUGAAGAAGAUUUCUACGAUGCAAAUGAUGAUCCAUUUACCAGUAUUGUCAGUUCACCAGUUGGAUGUGCUACUCGAGGAUUCUCUGUGGAUACAUCACCACCGGCAAAUGAAAAACCACCCGAAAUAAAUUUCUCUGCUGCCACAGCGACAACAACAACAUCGGCAGCAGCAAAUGUUCCCACAUCGUCAUCACCUUCAGUGCCUGAACAAGAUGAAUAUCAAACAGCAUCCAGUACGGUUAGUGAUUUUGGCAAUGGUAAUGGGAGCGGAGGUGUUGGCGGAGACGGGGUUUGUGGUACCAACAGUGGUCGAGGGAGCUAUAGCGGUGAUGGCAGUGUUGUCGGUGUGGCCAGUAAAAGUUCAUCACUCCGUGAUUCCAUAGACUAUGAUGCCCUGUACGAGGAAGAAGAAGAUUCAACCAUUAGCAUGGAGGCGCACGGUUCAAUGAUUUCACAUUUACUAUCACAAGUUAAAAUAGGUAUGGACCUAACGAAGGUGGUGCUGCCAACAUUUAUAUUAGAACGACGUUCGUUGUUGGAAAUGUAUGCCGAUUAUUUUGCCCAUCCGGAUUUAUUUGUAAAAAUUGCCGAUUUAGAUAAUCCACGUGAUCGUAUUGUACAGGUAUGCCGUUGGUAUUUAAGUGCUUAUCAUGCUGGACGUAAAAGUGCUGUGGCCAAAAAACCCUACAAUCCUAUAUUAGGUGAAAUUUUUCAAUGCUAUUGGGAUAUUCCUGGUGAAACACCCAAUGAAGAGAAUGUUAGCGACGGACCGGUGCCCUGGUGUCGUAAAAAUCAAUUAACAUUUUUAGCCGAACAGGUUUCACAUCAUCCGCCAAUUUCCGCAUUCUAUGCCGAACACUAUAACAAGAAGAUCACAUUCUCAGCCCAUGUAUGGACAAAAUCGAAAUUCUUGGGUCUAUCGGUGGGUGUGCACAAUAUAGGUGAAGGUGUUGUAACGCUUGUGGAUCAUGGCGAAGAAUAUAUUGUUACAUUUCCUAAUGGCUACGGAAGAUCCAUUUUAACAGUACCCUGGAUAGAAUUGGGCGGUUCAGUGGAAAUUAAAUGUCCACAGACGGGUUAUUAUGCCAAUGUAGAGUUUCUCACAAAACCAUUUUAUGGUGGUAAACGUAACAAAGUUACAGCUGAGAUUUAUUCACCAAACGAAAAGAAACCAUUUGUUUCAAUAGCCGGCGAAUGGAGUGGCCUAAUGGAAGCCAAAUGGCAUGAUACAAAUAAAACUGAAGUGUUUGUAGAUGUAAAUCGUAUACCAAUAUUUAAGAAACAAGUUCGACCAAUCGUUGAACAAGAAGAAUAUGAAUCGCGACGUGUAUGGAAGGAAGUAACCGCUGGACUCAAAUUCAAUGACAUUGAAAAGGCAACAAAUGCCAAAUGUAAAGUCGAACAAAUACAACGAGACGCCGCCAAAGCUAGAAAAGAUUCUGAGAUAUCAUGGGAUCAUAAGUAUUUCAAGCCAGUGGGUGAAAAUUGGAUCUACACCAAACCCCUCAGUCAACGCCUAUAUCUAAAGGAAAAGGAAGAUCAAAGAUAAUAAAGCUUGAGA